AUGACUGACAAAUUCGUUGCGCGUUCUCACAUCCUCCACCGUUCCUUCGCCGAACGGCCAGCUAAGAUCGUCGCCGGCGAUGGCAUCAGGCUCGUCUUGGAAGACGGCAAAAGAGUCAUCGAUGCUAGCUGCGGCCCAUCAGUCUCGUGUCUCGGCCACUCGCAGCCCGAGAUCACGGACGCCGUCACAAAUCACCUGAAAAAUGAGAUCGCAUACGUCUACUCGGGCUCUCCGUAUACCAGCGGUGCGGCGGAAGAACUCGCUGAUAUCCUACUAGCACACAAGCCCGGUGGGUUGUCAAAGGCCAUUUUUGUCAACUCUGGCAGCGAGGCAACUGAUGCCGCGCUCAAGCUGGCUGUACAGUACUGGCAUGAGCUGGGACAACCUCAGCGAACGCACUUCAUCUCGCGAAAGCAGAGCUACCACGGCAACACUAUCGGCGCGCUAUGUGUCUCCGGCCAUGAGUCUCGAAGAGAAUUCUAUAAGUCGUUCAUGUCUAGCAAUGUAUCCUUCUUGGACCCUUGCUACGCGUAUCGAAUGGAACUGGAAGGAGAGUCCGACGAGCAGUUCGCUGGGCGCCUUGCCCGCCAGUUCGAGGAUGAGAUCCUGCGUGUAGGUCCUGACCGCGUGGCUGGAUUCGUCGCUGAAACUGUCAGCGGCACGACGCUGGGUUGUCUGCCUGCCGUGUCGGGAUACUGGAAAGCCAUUCGAGAUAUUUGCGACAAGUAUGACAUCUUGUUAAUCCUGGAUGAAAUCAUUUGCGGUAUGGGCAAGACCGGCACGAUGCAUGCAUGGGAGCAAGAAGGAAUUCGCGGUCCUGAUAUUCAGACCAUUGGCAAAGCGCUUGGGGCCGGCUUCGUUCCUCUUUCUGGUGUACUGCUUCACCACAGAAUAUUUGACGCGUUGUCUGCUGGCUCGGGCAAACUAGCCCACGGCCAUACGUUCCAGGCUCAUCCCCUCGCUUGUGCCGCUGCCGUUGCGACUCAAAAGAUCAUUAAGCGCGACAACCUAAUCGAACGAACCGCACAGAUGGGACAGAAACUCGAAGCACUGCUGCGAAGAGAGAUCUGGCCUCUUCCUCUGGUCGGCGACAUCCGAGGUCGCGGUCUAUUCUGGGCUGUGGAGUUCGUUUUGGAUAAGGAGCUGAAGACAACGUUCCCGCCGAAGAUCGACUUCUGUACUCAGGUUGUCAGACACAGCUUGGAGUCAGGCUUGAAUAUUCUGGGAAAUUUGGGUCAUACCGGCGAAUACCAGGUCGAUCACAUCCUUGUCUGCCCGCCGUAUAUUGUAACAGAGAGCGAGCUCGAGGAGAUCAUCUCCCUUCUCAAGGCGGCCAUUGUGAAGACGAGCCAGCCUUUUGUCCAGACUGCGCAGGCCAACGGGCACACGAAUGGACAAGCAAUUGGGUCUACAAACGGAGUGCAUACAAAUGGGGUUCCUGCCAAUGGAGUGGCUUGCUCGAGAUAA